AUAUGAUUCUUGAUCAACAAGUAGGGUCCGGACAACUCAGUGAAGAUGUUCGCCACAGAGUCCACGAGGCGCUACUCAAACAGCAUCACCAUCAGAACCAAAAGAAAUUAAGCAAUAGGAUCCCAAUAGUCAGGUCCUUUGCUGACAUUGGCAAGAAACAGUCUGAACCCCAUUCCAUGGACAAAAAUGCAGGUCAGAUUGUUUCCCCACAGUCUGCGCCAACCAUUGAAAUCAAAAAUGAUGUCAGCCGAGAAAACAGCACUGUUGACUUUAGUAAGGGACUAGGAGACCAGCAAAAAGGGCAUAACACUAGUCUAUUUGGGAUGAAACAGAGAAAUGAAAAAGGACACCUUCAUCAGGAAGAGAGAGAGAGAGAGGUUGACAUGCAUUUCAUGAAAAAAAUCCCUCCUGGAGCUGAAGCCUCAAACAUUUUGGUUGGUGAGCUUGAAUUCUUGGACCGUGCUGUAGUCGCUUUUGUUAGAUUGUCUCCUGCUAUGUUGCUCUCAGGAUUGACAGAAGUUCCAAUCCCAUCAAGAUUUUUGUUUAUUCUUCUGGGACCCUUAGGAAAAGGUCAACAGUACCAUGAGAUUGGCAGGUCAAUUGGAACAUUAAUGACAGAUGAGGUAUUUCAUGAUGUUGCAUAUAAAGCUAAGGAUCGCAGUGACUUGGUCGCUGGAAUUGAUGAGUUUCUUGAUCAAGUGACAGUUCUCCCUCCAGGAGAAUGGGACCCAACAAUUCGUAUAGAACCUCCCAAAAAUGUUCCUUCUCAGGAGAAACGUAAAAUUCCAGGUGUACCAAAUGGAACUGCUGCUCAUGGAGACCCAGAGCCACUUGGAGGACAUUCCGGGCCAGAAUUACAACGUACUGGAAAGCUCUUUGGGGGCUUGGUUUUAGAUAUCAAGAGGAAAGUGCCAUUCUUGUUGAGUGACUUCACCGAUGCAUUCAGCUUGCAGUGUCUAGCAUCUUUUCUAUUUCUCUAUUGUGCUUGUAUGUCUCCUGUUAUCACCUUUGGCGGUUUGCUGGGAGAAGCAACAGACGGUCGUAUAAGUGCAAUAGAAUCUCUGUUUGGUGCAUCGAUGACCGGAAUAGCUUACUCACUAUUUGGUGGGCAGCCUCUUACCAUAUUGGGUAGCACAGGACCAGUUUUGGUGUUUGAAAAGAUAUUAUUCAAAUUUUGCAAGGAAUACGGAUUGUCUUACCUUUCUUUGAGAGCGAGCAUUGGUUUAUGGACUGCAAUUCUGUGUAUCAUUCUCGUUGCGACUGAUGCAAGUUCUUUGGUGUGCUAUAUUACUCGGUUUACGGAAGAAGCUUUUGCAUCUCUUAUCUGCAUCAUUUUCAUUUAUGAGGCCUUAGAAAAGCUCUAUCAUCUCAGAGAAACAUAUCCAAUCAACAUGCAUAAUAACUUGGAACUUCUAACACAAUACUCAUGCAGCUGUGUGGAACCAGAUGACCCAAGCAAUACUACCUUACAAUAUUGGCAGUCAAAGAACAUGUCCUCAUAUGAGAUACCUUGGGCAAAUCUUACUGUGACUGAAUGCCAGAAUUGGAAAGGGAUAUUUGUUGGACGAGCCUGUGGCGAACAUGAGCCUUAUGUUCCAGAUGUCCUCUUCUGGUCAGUCAUCUUAUUCUUUUCUACAGUCAUACUGUCGUCCACACUGAAGCAGUUCAAGACUAGCCGAUACUUCCCAACCAAGGUACGGUCUGUGAUAAGUGACUUUGCCGUCUUUCUCACCAUCCUAUCUAUGGUGAUAGUUGACUAUUUCCUUGGGAUCCCAUCACCAAAACUUCAGGUUCCAAAUGUUUUUAAGCCUACCAGGGAUGAUCGUGGCUGGAUUGUCUCACCUUUGGGUCCGAAUCCUUGGUGGACAGUCCUAGCUGCUCUAAUUCCGGCUCUUCUUUGUACCAUUCUGAUAUUUAUGGACCAACAAAUUACAGCUGUUAUUAUAAACAGGAAAGAACAUAAGCUAAAGAAAGGCUGUGGCUAUCACUUGGACCUGCUGAUGGUGGCCCUCAUGCUUGGUGUGUGUUCAAUCAUGGGCCUGCCUUGGUUUGUGGCUGCCACUGUUCUGUCCAUCUCUCACGUGAACAGCUUAAAGUUGGAAUCCGAAUGUUCAGCUCCAGGAGAGCAGCCCAAAUUUCUUGGUAUUCGCGAGCAACGGGUCACUGGGCUCAUGAUAUUUAUCCUGAUGGGCUGCUCGGUUUUUUUAACCAGAGUGCUUAAAUUUAUUCCCAUGCCAGUACUUUAUGGUGUAUUUCUUUACAUGGGUGCCUCUUCUCUCAAAGGAAUUCAGCUUUUUGACAGAAUCAAGUUAUUCUGGAUGCCUGCCAAACACCAGCCAGAUUUCAUCUACCUAAGGCAUGUUCCCCUUCGAAAAGUCCAUCUCUUCACAGUCAUCCAGCUGACCUGUCUUGUGUUACUAUGGGUUAUUAAAGUUUCAAGGGCUGCCAUUGUAUUUCCGAUGAUGGUCUUGGCAUUGGUGUUCGUCAGAAAACUCAUGGACUUCUUUUUCACCAAACGUGAGCUAAGCUGGCUGGAUGAUUUGAUGCCAGAGAGCAAGAAAAAAAAACUUGAAGAUGCUGAAAAAGAGGAGGAACAAAGUAUGUUAGCAAUGGAAGAGGAAGGAACAGUCCAGUUGCCACUUGAAGGACACUGCAGAGAUGACCCAUCUGUAAUAAAUAUUUCUGAUGAGAUGGCAAAAUCAGAUGUAUGGAAGACAAUGUUGAUAACAUCAGAAAAUGCCAAGGACAAGGAGUCCAGCUUUCCUGCUAAAAGCACUGAAGGCCGCCGAGAGAAGAAAGCUGACUCAGGGAAAGGUGUGGAUCGUGAGACUUGUCUGUGACUUGCUCUUCAGUGUGUUUGUUUAAAAAAACAAACAAACAAGAGAAAUGCAGGAGUGCCGCAAUCAUUAAUGUUCCAGGUUUGAUUGCCCCCUUGUACAUCUUGUGCAUCAUCUCACAGUAGCACUGGUAUAAUGUAAGUGGUGCAGUAUGUGCUUCAGUUCACUGUCUGCUCUUUGGUUCCGGCCGAAGCAAUGCAGAAAAUGGGGUUAGCCAAUGAAACCAUGUUGGGAUUCCACAGUUGAAACCCUUGGGAUAUUUGAACCAGUGUUUCCAUUCUAAUCUCUCUCUGAAGAGGUGGACAUAUUUUCCUACUUUGCCUAUGUGACUUAUUUUCAUAGCUUUUCCAUACUAGAACAAACAAACAAAAAACCAACUGGAAAUAAUCUUUAUUCAGAUGAAUAAAGGAUUCAAUUAUUGAAUCCAUAUUCUUACAAUCGAAGAAUUGUAUAGUUUGGGGCCAACUGUUUCAGAAAUCUAAAAGUAACAAAGGAAAAUUCAUUUUAGAGCUAUUUUUCAAUAAUGAGUGCUUUAAUCCUCCAAACUCAUAACAUUUUAAGGAAGUUACAACCCCCCCCCCCCAAGUUUAAAAUCAUGGCUUGUAUGUGUGGGUGUACGAUUGUAUGUAUGUGUGUGUGAUUUAAAGGAUGAGACCUAUAUUUGUGCAAUUUCCUUGAUUUAAUACUGGAUAUUUAAUAUUUAAAUUUAUAUAUAACUGGAAAAAUAAAACAAUAUAAUAUAUAAAGAUAUAUAGAAUAUAGUUAACAUUCUCUCAUCUUGUUUGAGGAAAAAAGCCACAUCCAUCGAUGUGCACUAUCCGUACAAUAUUUGUUGUGAAUGCAAGCUGUUACUAUUGUAUCUUAUACUGUACUGUACUAAAUGUUGCAGUGGUAAGUCCAACAGCUGCAUUGUGGAGAUAAAUAAUUCUUAUUUUUUUCCCUAACUUUCUGGAUUAUAAUCCUUGAUGGAAAUGAUCAGUAAAAAUGAUCCAGGGUAAUCAAUAGGGCAAUUGCUUCUCAUCAAGUGCAUGCUUCCAGGCACAAUCCAUCCAUAGUUAAAUUUUUAAGACCUAUUGAUUUCAGGCUAAUUGUUCAAGCAUGCACUUUUUAAAAAAAUACCAAUGGGACCAAGGUGUGAUUUGAUUGUAAUUUCAUUUAUUUCCCUUUGCUAAUUAAGUUUGAAGUCAGGAUCCCAAUCUGAAAUAAAAGUGUUGGCAUUUAUGGGCAUGGCUGUUACUGAUCAGGUCUCCGUUCUGCACAAAUGUAUGUUCAGUCUUUCUUAAUAGUUUCAUGUAUUUGGAAUCCACACUCUUUCUGUAGAAGCCAUAUAAUAUUAUUACUGUCUUGAAUUUUAUGAUAGCCAAGCUACAUCUUUUCACCCCAGAAAACAACUUCAAAGAGGGUCCAUUGUCAAGCAGGUUGCAUGUGCUGGACAGCUCCCCAUUCUUGGCCAUUUUCGGCUGCGGUCAAAUACAGCCAUGCCAAGUAACAGACUCAUAGUUUUAGUAGGGUGCCUGACCACAAUUCUUUCAGGGCACUCUCACCAUAAUAAUUAUCCCCAUGGCCAAAGCCAUUGGUUGCUCAUUUGGAAUGGGCAUAAGAAACCUAUGGCUGCAUAUUCGUGAAGGAAGCUACAAGACUCUGUGUGUGUGUGUGUGUGUGUGUGUGUGUGUGUGUGUGCGCGCGCGCAUGCUUCGGUCUAGCUGGUUGGCCAAUCUGCUGCAGAGAAUGGUCACAAGGUAUGAAGGCAGAUGGGAGAAGGGGAAUGUCCCAAGCACCUGUGAGAAUGAAUGCAUUGUGAGUAAAAUAAAAGGGCAAUAUAAAAAACAUUUUAAAUUUUAAAAAUGGUUUUGCUUUCUUUGGGGGAGGGGAGGACAUUAAUAAACAAUUAAUCAGAUCUUACAAGCUCACCAAUGGUUUCAAGAAUCAGGAAAAUAUACCUAUGGGAUUUCAACAUACAGGCUUUUUCAAGUUCCAAGUUGCCCUUACUAUGGGAAGAAUCCUCAGCUGAGAUCUGCUGCCAGGUAUGGCAACAGCCUGAUCAGUAGGACUUGGUAGCUAGAAGAGAAUAAGGAGGCAGAAUCAGUGAUAGGAACCAGCCCUGAUUCUUGUUUGCUAGUCAGGGACCUGGAAAAGUUGCAGUUGUUGAACUGACUUCUCCGUUGAAGUGUUUGAGUGGGUGCCAUACACGAAGUUAGGUCUGUGUAUAAGAAACACUAGGAAAACUUUAGAUGACGCAUUUGUGCCUGUUUCUCUCCAAAGGAUCAUGAACUUCAAAGCAUAUACAGUACAUGUUGACAGGAACAUAGGACCAAAGAAUAGGGAUUUUCCAGAACAGAAAAAAGGCAUAGUUCUUUUUACAAUUUGGAACCUUUUAGCAUAUCUUUUAAACACAGUUUGCUUAUAGAAGGCUUCCUCCUUUUCCCCCACUCCAUUAGAUCCACCCAGUGGGUCCAAGCAGCAGCCAUUUAGAUUCUGGUCUUUCCUGUAGAACAGGAGUAGGGAACUGUGGCCCCUUUAUGGCUUGUGGACUUCAACUCCCAGAAUUCCUGAGCAUGGCUGGUUCAGGAAUUCUGGGAAUUGCCCAUAAGUCAUAAGGGGGCCAUAAUUCCCCACCUUUGUGUGGAGCAUCUGCUAUGGUUGUAGUCAAAUGCAUCCACCAGCUUCAGAUUUUUUUCACCCUGUUCAAGUAGGAAAUAUGGAAAACCAAGAUUAAGGAGCCAAGGCCUUGCCAUAGACACGUUCUCUUCUAUCAUCAGUUAAAAGAGAAUGUAUUCUUGCCUUUUGCAAGAAAGUUGUAGCCUUAAGAGCCAUGUGUGUGUGUGUGUGUCUGUGUCUGUGUCUGUGUCUGUGUGUGAUUGACAGCAUCCGCUCAAUUGCAGGAGCUUGGGAAUGGCUGCUUUGAGAAAUGGGCCUCAUCCAUCUGCACAGGCUACUCUUUCUUCAGUGAUAGCGGGGUAAGAGUCUAGGCUACCCAAUUCCAUAUGCCUUGUGCUUUGAACACAGUAUCACACCAGCUGCUUUUGUGCCAAAAGUAGGCAAAAUUAGAUUUACAUAAUGAAAAGCAUUGCUUCUGAAGUUAUUUUUGAUGCCCAGUAUUAGCAGGCUCUCAGUGUUGUCUAAAUAACCUCAAAUUCAUGUUAUGCAAAUGAUAGAUUCAAAGGAAAAAAAACACACAUGGACUAAAAUGUAUGGAUACAUCUAGAUAAAAGUAUGACUCUGAUAAGAUUAAAAUGCUUUGUCAUUGUGUACUGGAUGAUCCCUUGUAACAUUCCAAAUGAGUCUCUUAAUAGCCAUGCAAUGUAGAGUGGUCCAUGAAGAGAGACUGCUGGUAUUUUUUUAUGCUAAUGUGCAGAACAAUCUACUCAGCUUUCUGGACACUAAAAAUUCAUGGACUGAAUUAUUCUGCAGUAUUGCUAUUCAGGAUUUUGGAGGGCUCUUUUUUAAAAUAGAUAUCCUGUUUUUGUGUAAGUAUCAAUCCCAACAUUUUCAAAUCACAAUAAGAGAGUAAAAUGCAACUGGCAAUACUAUAUUUACUUUUGAUUUCCCAUUUCCAGGUCAAAUUGCUUAAUUUCUUGGAUGUAAUUUAUUAAAAAGUUUUAAGUGUACAUGUGAAUAGAGUGUUGUUUUUUCAUGAUUCAAGAAAUGUUAUCCAGAAAUAAAUAUUUAUCCUAACUGUUCUUCCUGUUUAUAUUUUAACAUGCCUAUGUUUAUUGCUUAUGAUGCAGACAAAGUACAUUGUCAUUAAUCUUUUGUGGCACGACAUAAC